AUGUCGGCCGCCAGCACCGAGACGAGCGCCCCGCCGCUGCCCUCCGCCGCCGGCCGCGUCUUCUUCCAGGCCGCGCCGGGCGUGGGCUGCGCCGGUUCGGCCGCCGCCGCCGCCGCCGUCGCCGCGGCCGCUGCGCUGGGUGGUGGCGGCGGCGGCGGCGGCCCCGACGACCCGGUGCAGAAGCGGCAGGGCAAAGUCACCGUCAAGUACGACCGCAAGGAGCUGAGGAAGCGGCUGGUGCUGGAGGAGUGGAUUAUCGAGCAGCUCAGCGAACUCUACGAUUGCGAGGAGGAGGAGAUGCCCGAAGUGGAGAUCGACAUCGAUGACCUUUUGGAGGUAGACGGCGACGACGAGAGAGCCGUCAAACUGCAGGAGUCCUUAAUAGACUGUUACAAACCAACAGAGGAUUUCGUCCGCGAGUUGCUGGGCAGGAUAAGAGGAAUGAGGAAGCUCAGCGCGCCGUCAAAGAAGGGUCUAUAA